AUGGAUUUAGAAUGGUCUAGUGUUGUUGACAGUGGGAUGGAUAAUUUGUGUUCUUUGCUGCCUUCUUCUUCCAUUGAUGAUGAUUUUCAAAUUCUUACAGAUAUUCAUGUUAGUAGCUUGUCUUCUACAUUCGAUUUGAAAGAAAAGGAUAUGUUUGCUAGCAAGGAAUUACUAUCAAAGUCAUUUUACUACAUUGCUAUAAAGAACAACUUUGAGUUCAAGACUGUGAGAUCAAAUUCUAAAUCUAUUGAGUUUAAGUGCUCCCAAGAUAAUUGUCCAUGGUAUGUUCGUGCAUCUCGUUACAAGGGUGGGGAAUUAUGGCGACUAAGGAAGUAUAUUUCUAAUCACAAUUGCUCCAUAAAUGUUAUCCAAACUACUCCUAAACAAGCAUCUUCAUCAUUGAUUAGUGAUUGUAUUGUAAAAAACUUUAGUUCUUUUGACCGUUCGACUCCAAAUGAUAUUAUGAUUCACAUGCAUACUAAACUUGGUGUAAAUGUUAGCUACUAUAAAGCGUGGAGGGCAAAGGAACUUGUUAUGAAUUCUUUGAAUGGUGAAGCAAAAGAAUCUUAUGCCUUGAUUCCAAACUUUUUUAUGAAACUAAAAGAAAUUAACCCAGGUUCAUUCACUGCUUAUGAAACUGAUACAGAGGGACAUUUUAAGUACUGUUUUAUGGCUAUUGGAGCAUGCAUUGAAGGAUGGAAAUAUUGUAGGCCCAAUAUAUCAGUUGACGGUACAUUUUUGAAAUCUAAAUAUGGUGAAACUCUUUUGACAGCCUCAACAAUUGAUGAUAAUAAUCAAAUUUUCCCAUUGGCCUUUAGUAUUGUAGAUUCUGAAAAUGAUGCAUCCUGGAGAUGGUUUUUUUAG